ACAGGCGGCCAUUUUAUGUUCAUCAGUCGUCAUUUCACAGCGCUACAGUAGGACGGACAACAACAGGAUUCAAUUUCAUCAUAUUUCCAUUACAACUGUUGUGGAGAAUUGCCUACUAUGAACUGAACCUUUUCCUAAAAUCCAAAACAAGUAGAUCCUAGUGAAGUGACGCAUAAGCCAGUAGAUUUCAGCGUCGAGUUGUAAUUUUUUGCACCUCAAUGUAGCUAGAGGAAAUGGCUGUGGAAAGCAUGACUGUCCAUCCAAACUCCCCAACUACCAACCACGAACACACCAGUCUCCUGACUGACGAAAGGCCAGAGGAUGGAGAACUGGAAGAAGGCGAGUUGGAAGAUGAUGGAGGAGAAAUGGUGGAGGAGGAUAUCGGUGGGGAUGCAUCUGCAGCAGGAGGUGCCAAAGAGGGGGGUGAUGAAGCAUGUGGAGGUGAUGAGGCAGGAGGGGAAGGGGCUGGGGAGAGGCCUCCUCGAAGUAAGGAGCGCCAUGCCAGCAGCGGUUCUGAUGAAGAAAGAUCCCAUCGUCGGAAGAGGAAGAGGAAGAAAGAAAAGGAGCGAGAAAGGGAGAAGAGGAGAGCCAAGAAAAAACGCAAAUCCAAACACAAACGUCAUGCAUCCUCUGAUGAUGACCACUCUGACUUCAGUGAGGACUCUGACUACAGUCCCAGUGAGAAGAGAAAAUACAGAGAGUACAGUCCUCAGUACCCCCCUCCUUCACAUGCAGGCUACAGUGGCUCAAAGAAAGGCAGCUAUAUGAAGAUGGAUAAGCAGAGCUAUGGAGGCUAUGAAGAUUAUGAAGAGGAAAAUUUCGAGGGAGAGGAAGAAGAGGACAUGGUGGAGGAAGACUAUGACGACUUCACAAAGGAGCUCAAUCAGUACCGCAAGGCGAAGGAGGGAGGAGGUGGCCGGGGCGGACGAGGGGGCAGAGGUCGUAUGAAAUGCCUGAGAGGCCGAGGAGGAAUGAGGGGAGGAAGGAGGGGUAGAGGAGGAAGCAGAGGAAGAGGACGAGGUGGAAAGAUGGGAGGAGACAAUGAAGACGGAGAUGGCUAUGUAGAUGACUUUGAGUAUGGAGAUGAGGACUAUGAAAACAUGGGAGAUGAGGAUUACGAUGACUACUCAAAAGAUCUCACUCAUUAUAAGAGGUCUAAAGACAGAGGCAGAGGAAUUAAAGGAGGCCGCGGUCGAGGCAGAGGUAAAGGUGGGCGUGGUAUGAUCAGAGGAGGAAAGGGUCGAAACAGAGGGAGAGGAAGAGGUGAUAUGGGGAAUGACGAUGACAAUGACAUGGACAAUGGGGAUGGAGUUGGAGGUGACGGUCCAGGAAUCGGAAGGAGGAAUCACAAUGAAAAACACCAGGAUAAGAAAGGAAAGGCCAUCUGCAAGUACUACAUUGAAGGGAGAUGUACCUGGGGUGACCACUGCAACUUCAGCCACGAUGUAGAGCUGCCAAAGAAGAAAGAGCUAUGCAAGUUCUACAUCACUGGAUUCUGUGCACGGGCUGACCACUGUCCUUACAUGCAUGGUGAAUUCCCCUGUAAGCUAUUCCAUACCACAGGUAACUGUGUCAAUGGGGAUGAAUGUAUGUUUUCACAUGAACCCCUUAAUGAUGACACUCAGGAGCUGCUUAACAAGAUGCUGGCUGAGGAUGCAGAGGCUGGAGCUGAGGAUGAGAAGGAGGUAGAGGAACUGAAAAAGCAGGGAAUCAAUCCUCUUCCUAAACCACCUCCUGGAGUUGGCCUCCUCCCCACCCCUCCACGGCCUGUUCCUGUGGAUGCCAACACAGGGACUGGGGAUUUUGGUGGGCCUCCACCAGGUGAAUUUGGGGGUCCUCCUGACCAGGUUUCCAUUACCAGCAAAGGACCCCCUGGACCAGGACCGGUUCCUGUGCCUAAUCCCUGUGCUGGUCCUCCUGUAAUUGGCCCUGAUGGAAGUCCCUUCCAAGGCGGGCCACCAAAUCCCAAUAUUCCUCCUCCCCACAUGGGCCCCCCACCUCCUUGUUCUGCAGGGGGUGGUGGUGCAGGGAAGAAAAUCCCCUCUUUGUUUGAGAUCAAAGUUCAGCCAACAGGACAGCUGGCUCAGAAACUGGCUGUCAGAAGCCAGACUCCCAAUGGUAACCAGGGUCAGACUGCACCUGGACCCCAAGGAGCCCCUGGCACCACCUCAACCCACUUCCCUUCCCCUCCAGGCAUGAUGUCUCCAGACAUGGGCCCCAACCUUGGGAUGAAUCAGGGCCCCCCAAACAUGGGCCCUGGUGGACCUCCCAUGAUGGGAGGAUAUCCAUCUGGUGAUGCUCCUCCACAUGGAGGCCCUAUGCCACCAUGUCCACCUCAGGGUGGAGGAAAUUUCUACAAUAAUAACUUCUUCAAUCAGCAGGGGGGUAUGAAUAUGGAAGGUGUGGUUCAAGAAGGUGACAACUAUCAAGGUUUUGCUGGCAUGGAUGAAAGAGGAGGAGCAGGAAAAUUUAUUAAUCAAUCAGGUGGUCAAGAAGGCUCUUCCAAUGGAGCCUUAGCCAAUCAGGGAGGGAUUUCUGUACCUGACUUCCUGCCUCCGGCACAACGUGUCCUGUUCAUGAGAAUACAACAGAAGCAGCAGGAAGAAGAGGAAAGAGCUCGCAGAAUGGCUGAGGGAGGAGCAGAGAAGAGUAGAGAGGCUGAAGGUGAUUCAGGGAAUUGGUAUUCUAGUGAGGAUGAAGAUGGUGGUGGUAGUGUGACCUCAAUCUUAAAGACACUCCGUCAGCAGACCCAGGCUCCUCAAAAACCUGAUGGCCCUCCGAGCGACCCACGGCUACAGAAAGCCUCUGCUGCCAAUCCUACACCUCGCCCAGCUGACCCCCGCUUGAUAAGGGACCCACGCCUGGCACGUACCACAGAGUCAGCCCAAGUCUCUGACUUGUCCACUCCGUCCUCCUCUGGACCACCUGCAGAUCCCAGGUUAGCUCGACUAGCUGCUGCUGCCUCGGCUGGAUCCACAUCCCAUUCACCUCCUGCCACGAAGACAGAAACUCCUCUGGUCUACAAACCCCCGCCACUUACAGCCCCAGCAGCAGAUGAAGAGGAGACAGAGCGAGUUCUACGGGAUAAGCCAGUACCAAUUCCUUUGGAUCCACUCAUGGGCAUGGCACUGAGAGACCCACGGUCUCAGCUUCAGCAGUUUAGCCACAUUAAGAAGGAUAUUGUUCUCCACAUGCCGGCUUUUGCUAAAACUAUCACCUGGUCCCCUGAAGAUCUCCUCCCACUCCCUAUCCCUAAGCAAGACCUCCUUCCUCUCCCUCCAGGCAUCCCUCCUGUUUCUUCUCUAGACCCACGUCUCUCCCGUGCUCAGCAGCAGCACCACACAUCACUCCCUCUUUCACCUCCUGUACAGUCUCCUCCCUCCUUGGACCCACCUGCUCCCUCCUCCUCCACUUCCUCUCUCCCAGACUUUGAGCUGCUGUCUCGCAUUUUGAAAACUGUUAACUCCAGCCCAUCCCAGACCCCCUCCCCUCCUCUUUUACCAACAUCUACUCCCCCCAUGACAAUGCUGGGUCCAACUCCCGUCGUGCCUCCUGCCCCUGCAGAAAAACCAGCUGACCCCCGUGUGGCUCGUAAAGUCCCAACUGACCCCCGUCUCCAGCCACAGAAGUCGGCUCUGAAGCAACCAUCAGAGCCUGCACCACCUCCCGUCUCAUCUUCAACUCCAACAACAACAUCUAGCUCACCCCCUCAUACUACUGCCCCCUAUGAUCCAAGACUGCUUUCUGCAGGUGGGGCAGGACGUGGUGUGGGAGCUGGCACACAAGGGGGAGCCAGUGUACUGAGCAGCAUCAGUCUGUAUGACCCUAGGACUAACAAACCAGGCAGUCCUGGUACUAGUGGUGGCUCUAACAAUUCCCCCAACUCAACCAGCACAGAGUCUAAAGUCAGUGAACCCACAACAAGUAAACCCAAGUCCAAGGAGCCUCUGUUUGUUCGGAAGUCUGCCCUGGACCAACCAGAGCCAGAGAAAAGUGGAGAACAAGGGACAGAUCGAUACAACAGUUAUAAUAGGCCCCGACCCAAACCUGCCCCCUCUCCUAACACAACAGUCCAGGGAGGGCCCAAUGCAGCCGGUGUAACUGCAGCCGGAGGUCAGGGUGCUCCUGGAGCAGCUUCAGACCAGGGCCCUGCAGGUGUCCACAACCUACCGGUGUCCUCCUUGUUUGGCGUGGUGAAGCAGGCGACCAUACCCGGUGGGACCAGUAGCCCUUUUGGAGGAAACAGCCCAGCACAGCCUGACCAGGUGGCCACAGAGCAGGACAAUGCCUCAUUGAAGGACGUUUUUAAAGGCUUUGACCCCACAGCCUCACCUUUCUGUCAGUAACCCCUUGACCUUAGAACCCUAACAGCCCAUGAUGUGGUUGACAUUGGCUUUUUUUUAACAGUUUUGAACACUGAACAGAUCAGUUUAAAAAAAAAAAGAGAGAAAGGUACACAGAGGCAAUGGCCUGCAAAACUGGUUAACAAAGUCUUUGUGAACAAACUGAUGAUAUGCAACAUGUUUAAUGCUCACACAAACAUACUUUACCAGUGUUGCAGAUUCAGAUUCUAUGAAAGACUUGGGGUAUGGGAAGAGUUAAAAGAAUAAUCUCUUAAUUUCUAUUUUAAACAAAAUUAUUGAUGUACAAAUAAAAUAUAUUCUCUUCAUCUCAGUGCUUAAUGAAAAGAUAUUCAGACAGCAGCAAAAAACACAUUUAUAUUCAUAUCUCUUUUCAUUUUUUUUCUUCAGGUCUUGAGCUUCACUUUCUGUAAAUCUUUUAAUCUAUAAACAGUUUGAUGUGCUUGUCUGCAUUGUUGGAUAAUUGAAGUUGGUAGUGCACUUCACAGAUAAACGGAUAGGUUACUGUUUUUGUCAGAUUUUCUCAAAAAAGAUACUCAUUUGUGUUUCGUUAUUAAAAAUGGCACGGAACAGAACUUCUUAAGUCCUGUUGCAGAAACAUAUUCCUGCUAUGUCACUGCCUUUUCACUGUUCUUAAUUACUUUAAGAAGCUCAUUAGUUUUGUUUAACAAAGCCUAUAUUUUGUCCAUAUGACCCGCUAUGUCACAUUGUUUGCUGAAACUCUUGCAAAUACCUAAACUUAAAUCUAUUUUCUGCUCAGUUUGUUUUCUAAGUAUUUAUUUUUCUACUUGCACUGUCAGUUUGUGUCCUCUGAGGGUUGUAUCAAUAUUUUAAUGUCUAUAGCUCCUUCAACUGAUAAAUUACGGUUUCAUUUCAGAUAUUUAGGUCUUACCUAAAACAGUCACUUUCUCUGUUGUAGAAAGUGACGGUGACCUUUCAGUACUGCUUCUCUACACCACUGUCAUGUCCCUCCAUCAUAUACUUGUGUGACUUUUACUUUUGUUUUAUCAAUCUGUGAAAUUUGAGAAGGUUCAAUUCAUAAAUGAUAUCUUCUGUUGCUUGGGGGUAGUAAACGUGUAAAAGAGACUUUGCUGCUCAAACUCAAGAUACAAAUCAUCAGGUCUUGCUCCAGUGGCACAUUUUAGCUGGUAGGUGGUUAGCCAUAGCUUCAGCAAUGUUGAAGGGACAUUUAAAACAUUUCUGGAGUUUUUUUGUCCUCUGCUAAAAAGGUGAUGUUGCACGAAGGCUCAGCCUGGAAUUGAACAGCCUUGGUCACUCAACAUUUAAGUUAUUUCACCUUGUUUAAAAGAGGAAACUUUGAUUCACCGAUUCAAACAUCAUCUUGAUUUUAUUUAAGAAUUGAGAGAAAUCCUACGAGACAUAGGAUGGAGAAAAAUGAAGACUUAGCAUCAAUUACGAUUUUCAGCUUUCGUCUCUAGUGGUUGGUGACAAUCAUAGAAUAGAAUUGGACCUAAAAAUUUAAUAAUGCAUAAAUCUUGCAUUGACCUGUACAGGUGAUCCCUCUAUCAUCGGCCUGAGCACUGAACACAAACAGAAUGUUUUUCUCUCUCAGACAUACAGUUGAAGAUGUGCACACUUAAUGGUGGUAAUGUUCAUAGUUAAAGAUGAGCGUUUAUAUCUCCAGAACUUCCCAAGUAGUUUAUGCCUUAUACCAGAAAGAGUUGAAAAGAGGAUGAGGAUGUUUAUUCCCAUUUUGCCUGAUGGGCCAGAUAUUUCAUUGCCAGGCUUGUUGUUCACUGUAGUGGAGCUUUAAGAAGUUUGAUUGUACAACAGCUGUCAGGAUCAUCGUCAACUGUCUUGUGAAUAAAUGUUGAUUGUUUUAAUUUAUUUUUUUUAUAUACUUGGGUAAAUAUACUUCCUCAUUCAUCAUUUUUGAACUGAAUAAUUUUAUAUGUCAGGACUAUGAAAGUACCAUUCACCUCAGUGGGAUGCAGGCAGCCUGCAACAGUGUAAAGAGUGGAGAAUAUUUUUUUAAAAUUUGGUUUUGUGUAUAAAGACCCAAACUAACAAAAGAUUCACUAUUUGCUCUUUCUUGCCAGGACAUCAGAAAUCCUCUUAGAUGGCUGAAUGUCAGCUAUAGCAAGUGUGAACACGAUUGUUCAUUUGUCCCUUAAUGACUUUGUUUUAUAAAUUUCUCUAUGUUCCUUUUUCUUGCCAUGUACAUUUGACCAGUAUCCUGUCUUUGGGGAGUGGAGUUUUCUAACUGUACACUGUAGGUAAGGUUGUCAAAAUAUUUAAAUAAAGUUGAUUCGUGAUCAACCAGUUAUAA